AUGCCACGUGCAGGUCAUGGGCUGCCGUCGCCGCCUAGGAAGGCAGCUCCACCGUGCACUGGCGGAGGGAGAAGCCCCGUGUUUCCAAUUGGUCCAGGGCCGCGCCACCACACGCUGGGGGAUAGUGGUCGAGGGCAUCGCCUUGCCGUUGUCAUGGUCCGCGACUUCGCCGAGGUCGCCGCCUGCGCGUGCAGGCUGCGGUCCUCAGGCACUCUGCUCUUGGAGCCGCCUCUGCGCCGGAGGACGUCGACAUGCCACGCAUUGGAAGUCGAGGCCGAGCCAAGUGGCAAGGGGGCGCCAACGCACCGCGUGCUGUGGAGCGCCGGGCGGUUGACGGCCACUUUCGGGAGCGUCAUCCUGGUAUCGCUCUCGAAGAGGCAGUUAGUAUUCGAGAAAGAAGAGGCAGUUAGAGAUCGAGAGAUUUCUGUCUUGGCCGUGCACGGGGCGAGUCUGCCGCUUGGAAGCUUUUCCGCCGGGGUGAGGCCACCGCGGUAG